AUGGAAAAUCUUUCCUCUCAUAAAGCCGAAUCAAUCUUGACAACUAAUUCGCUAGAACUAGAUGAUGAUAGUUUAAAUUCAUUUUACAUAGGAAUGAAAUCCGAUCCACCAUUAAAUCAAAAUCUGAUUAUUGAAUUAGAAAAACAAGCUCAAGGCAUUUCUAAUGAAUUAGAAACCAUGCUACGUAACUUACAAUCUCAAAUGUUUGAGGCGUCGGUUUUAACUACAGCUUCCUUUGAAGUUUACAGACAAACCGUUGAAAAUCAUUGUAUGGUUAUUAAUGAUGCAACGAAAAAAUCCAAUGAAUUAAUUGAACUGUGUGUAAGAAUUGAUAAAGAAUUUUCUCAUGUACAAACCUUGGCAAGUCAAAUUAAAAGUAUUAAACAUCAAGUUGACGCUCUUCAUUCUGCUCUCGGAAGAUGA